CGGGGAAGCGCCGCCAUGGCCGAGGACCCCAGCUCCCUGCCCUGGUCCAUCAACAGGGAUGACUAUGAGCUGCAGGAGGUGAUCGGGAGAUUAAAAGAAAUUCUGUGGUAUGGAACUGUUUGGCUACACAACAUGACAACAUCAAAUGCUGCAUCCCACACACCUUACAAGGUUUUCUUAGAGGGAGCUCUUCUACUCUGCACUCUGGGAAGUCUGCAGGAGACUGCUCUCUCCAGCAAGCCUUAAAUGCUGCACAGAUCAUUUCUUUCGAGAUGCACAGGGAAUGAGGAACACACAAAGGCUCUUCUCAUCAAGGGCCUAACUUCUGGCCAAACUUCAACUUUCUGCCCCAGCCAUCUUCACUCCCCUCAUACUCAAAGGACAAAACUGGUUUUACUGAAACUUCCCAAAAGAAACGCCUGUUUGAUCAGAGAGCAAGCCUGUGUCAACCCAAUAAGUGAAAACUUCAGAAGGCGAUGGGCAAAUGAAAGAGGGAGUGGAGCAACAGCUGUGGUGCAAGCAGCCUAUUGUAUCCCGAAAAAAGAGAAGGUGGCAAUUAAACGGAUCAAUCUCGAGAAAUGUCAGACCAGCAUGGAUGAGCUCUUGAAAGAAAUUCAAGCCAUGAGUCAAUGCCAUCACCCUAACAUUGUAUCUUACUACACAUCAUUUGUGGUGAAAGAUGAGCUCUGGCUAGUGAUGAAGUUACUUAGUGGAGGCUCUGUUUUGGAUGUUAUUAAACACAUAGUGGCAAAAGGGGAACACAAGAAUGGAGUCCUGGAUGAACCUAGUAUAGCCACAAUCCUAAAGGAGGUGCUGGAGGGGCUGGACUACCUGCAUAAAAAUGGACAAAUCCACAGGGAUGUGAAAGCAGGGAACAUUCUUCUUGGAGAAGAUGGCUCAGUACAGAUUGCAGACUUCGGUGUUAGUGCAUUUUUAGCGACUGGUGGUGAUAUUACCAGAAAUAAAGUGAGAAAAACCUUUGUGGGCACCCCCUGCUGGAUGGCACCAGAAGUCAUGGAACAGGUCAGAGGUUAUGACUUCAAGGCAGACAUCUGGAGUUUUGGAAUCACUGCUAUAGAGCUGGCUACAGGGGCAGCUCCUUACCACAAAUACCCACCGAUGAAGGUUUUGAUGCUGACACUACAGAAUGAUCCACCUUCUUUAGAGACUGGUGUGCAAGAUAAAGAAAUGUUGAAGAAGUAUGGGAAAUCAUUUAGGAAAAUGAUUUCAUCAUGCCUACAGAAAGACCCUGAAAAAAGACCAACAGCAGCAGAGUUACUAAGACACAAAUUUUUCACAAAAGCAAAGAAUAAAGAAUUUCUACAAGAAAAGAUGUUGCAAAGAGCACCAACAAUCACUGAAAGAGCUAAAAAGGUCCGAAGGGUCCCGGGUUCCAGUGGGCGUCUUCAUAAGACUGAAGAUGGUGGCUGGGAGUGGAGUGAUGACGAACUAGAUGAAGAAAGUGAGGAAGGCAGAGCAGCAAUUUCACAGCUCAGGUCUCCCAGAGUGAAAGAAUCUUUACAGAAUUCUGAGCUGUUCCCACCAGCUGAACCGACAGGUCAUUUACUCCAUGUUCCAGCACAGACUCCUGCUCAACUACCUCAGCCAGCAGGGCAAGCACCUGCGCAGCCUUCUCAAAUUGCUGUCCCUCCACCUACUCAGGCUCCUGCAGCAGCUCCAGCAGCAGGGCAGGCACCACCAGCCCCCGUCCCUGCCCCUGCUGCAGCACCAGUUCAGGAGGAUAUAAAAGUCCCCAUCAGCCUUGUGCUAAGGUUAAGGAAUUCAAAGAAAGAACUAAAUGAUAUUCGGUUUGAAUUUACCCCAGGGAGAGAUACUGCUGAUGGUGUGUCUCAAGAACUCAUCUCAGCUGGGCUUGUUGAUGGCAGAGAUUUAGUAAUAGUUGCAGCUAAUCUGCAGAAAAUUGUGGAAGAACCCCAGGCAAACAGAUCCGUCACUUUCAAAUUGGCAUCUGGUGUGGAAGGCUCAGAUAUUCCUGAUGAUGGCAAACUUAUAGGAUUUGCACAGCUCAGCAUCAGCUAAACUGCAAUCCCAGGAGAGGUUUCCUUACUGAAAACCUAUAUGUGCAUAUUUCUCAUGCUUCUGUUGGCCUGAAAAACAAAACAAAAACCACUACUGCCAAAGAAUUGAACUAUAGCCCCCAUUCUAGGAGCUUUAAUGUUUUUUUUCCGAAAUAGGAUCACAAACCUAUUCAGCGUCCUGAAAUUACUGAUUCCGUUUACUGCUUUUGUAAACAACUCUCUCAUGUUUUUAUAUCCCCUUCAUCUCACACGUGCAGAUCCAACACUUCAUUGCCUGCAUGGUCAUUUGAUUAUUGCCUUACUUUAAAAAAACAAAAAAAAACUACUGAGUACGAAACAGGGGUUCCACUACUCUAAUCAUCCAACCUAAAUGUUUGCUUACAUAUGGUUUCAUUUAUUUCACUUGCUGUUUUUGCACAAGUUUAAAAGGCCUUUUUUUGCUUUUGUUUUUUGCUCUUGAAUCUGCUUUGAACCUUGCAUCUGAAAUGGAGGUGCUGAUUGGUCAGCCGACGUGCUGGGGAAUCUUGCUUAUCUUUGGCUGUGCUUUUAAAACUGAACGGAUUUGAAUGCUGGCCUCUCAGAAAGCGAGCCAAGUCUUACCCGUAGGAUAGCUGAAAAUUUUCUUUUAUCACAUUUCUGAGAGAUUCCUUUAAACUGAGAUCUUGGGUGCCAGCCAUUUAUUCAUCUGUCCCUUUGGUAAACUGCUAAUAGCCUUCCUCUCCCUUCAUUCCACAUUAGUGCUAAGUGUGGCAUUGGGACAGAACCUUUUAAUUUACCAUGAUCAGGUUAUUGCUUAAAGUAGUCCUCAGAUGUAACCCAUUCUUAAAGUAGAACUGGGAGGCUUUCCAGAAAUUGACCUUUCAGGUAGAUUAGUAAUACUCAUUUGUACAAAGGAGAGGAAAUCCAUGCUGCUUGGCACUUCGAAAGCCUGCACAUUGAAUUAUUCUUUAAAACCAAUCCCUCUGCCCUGCUGAGAGUCCUUCCUUAUGUGCUUUGCAAACAGGUACAUGUGGAACAAUCCCUGUUCUGUUUUACAGCAAUAAAAGGAUUGCCAGUAGAUGUAUACUAGGCAAGUAAGCUCUGGACCUUGUGUCCACCCUGCACUAACUGCUUGGGUUUUCAGAUGUCUUCUCGACCCAAGUGUCGAAGUUUGAUCAAGAGGUCACUGAAACCAUGUAACUCACAUUUAGGUUUCGUUAGUAUGUGGUGUUUAGUUUGAAUUUCUACAUAAAUAAUAUAAAUUAUACUUUUAGUUUAAAAAAGACACUUGUAAUGCAAUAUGUGAAUAAUAAAUGGUGUUGAUUUUUUUCCUACUGUUUCACAGUUCGUUUUUGUAUCUUCUAUUGGCUUUGAAAUGUUUUAUACAAUUAAAUUGUAAGCCUGUAAUUUAACACAGAAAUAUGGAAAUACGUUCUGUUUAUAUCAGUUGCAUACCAUUCAGAAAGGAGUGUUAAAAUGGGACAACUGGGUUCAAUUAGGACUUUUUUAUUUCUAAGUCUUGUAAUGAACAAUAUAUAUUUAUAUAUUUUUCUCUAUGAGCAGCUAUGGAAGCUUCUUAAAUUUUGCAUGGUUUUAUACUGCAGUUGUUUCUUUAGCCUGUAGUUUAAUAUCUUCCUACUGGGACUGCCAGUUAUGCACAAUCCCAUCAUUAAACGAGUGCACAGGGAGGGAAAGGGAGAAGGGGAUGAGAGUCUGAGCAGCGUUGAAGUGCUGAGUAUGAGAGCGAAUAAAGGAAUAUAAAGCACAUGACAAUUUUUAAUAUAAUGGGGCAGUUCUCAUUUUAAAAGUGUAUGAAAAGUUUUGGCACCUUUUCGUGUUGUGUGACGCAAAGCACGCUCAUGGCUUAUCCUCUAAAGUUCUUAUUGGCUUUGGAAGAGCUGGUUGUGAUCUGCACAUUCAUGAAGGCCAGUGGGUGAUACUUCUUUAAUUUUUAAAUAUUAGACAGAAUAUGGAGACCAAAUAGCUUUGGUACAGUAUUACUUCUGCCUGCAUGCCAUGCAUACCUCACUGUUCAUUUCCGCACUGGUGCUGAGAAAUGUCAGACUCAAACUGCUCAAAUGAAACCAUGUAGUAUCUAUUUAUUAAAUAAUCCCUGGCCCUCCCUAAUUCAGAACUAGCAGAGACAGUGAGUUUGCACUGACAUUGAGGCUUCUGUGUGUUUUAAAUUAAAAAUAAAAAAUAAAAAGCAACUAAAGUGUAUUUGAGAUUAGCUCUCUAGACAUUUUUGGUAGUCAUUCAAAAUUUUGCUUGGGAUACUACAGUGCUAGAUAAUUUUGUUUCUAAGUGCCAAUGCUGUUCAUAAAAGAUAUUUUUUUUAAUAUGUCAUUAAUGGAUUUGGUUUUUGGUACUUCUGGUCUGAACCUUGGACCAGGUGGUAUUUUUUAAUUUAGUUGAUACUCUAAGGAUAAUGCUACAUUAAUGAAACAGGAUCCUCUCCACAACUUGGUUGUAGAUUAUAAUGACAGAUGUAAAAUAUUCCACCUUUUUUCCUUUGACUUUGUAUUUUAUUGCAUGUAUCUCUAAUUUUUAAUCAAUAAAGAAUAAAUUGUCCAUG